AUGGGGAGCUCAGAGAAAAUAGAUUUGCUAGUGUCUACAUUUGGAGCUGUUCUUGACAUGGUCACAGACAAAGUGAGCACAGCGUGUCUUCUCGUGAUUAUCUCCCAAAUAUACAGGCCUAGCUUGGUGUUCCUCUCACUGCUGGCCUUAGAUAUUGCUAGUCACUGGCUUCAAAUGUACAGUACAUUUCUAUCAGGGAAGACCAGCCAUAAGGAUGUGAAAGAUAGCACGAGCUGGCUGUUUAGACUAUACUAUGGUAACCGGAUGUUCAUGGGUUAUUGCUGUGUUUCCUGCGAGGUUCUUUACAUAAUCCUCUUUCUUAUAGCAAAGAACCAUACUGAAAAUCUGAUGACCGUGGUGGUUGAAUCAUUGACGAACUUUUCACCGCUCUCUUUACUCCUGGCUUUGAGCAUAUUUGGUUGGUCGAUCAAGCAGAUCAUCAAUGUGAUUCAGAUGAAAACGGCUGCAGAUGUUUGUGUCCUGUAUGACAUAGAGAAGCAGCAUAAGCGCUGA